AUGGUGCACCAUCCUUCCAAAUAUCGCACAUUGAUCCUAGAUUGGCGCACAUUGAGCAUGGAUGGAAACCAUGCACCAAGAGCUAGUUGUCUUCUGUUGCAUCGUAGUUCUAGCCAAGAACAGUCAAUCUCGUCUUCUUCUUCUCGUCAAACAGGCCCGCUUGCAACUGGAUCUAACCCGACUGGACCCGGCGUCUGCAUCUCAACGGCCAAACCCACAGUUAUCGUAAUCGCCGCACCAACAAAAUGGCAGCAGGAUCCGAUUCCGAUUCUGCACCCCCCCUCCGCCAACAGCUUCUCGUCCGCCGCUAAGGACGGCAUGACGGUGGAGGAGUGCGAGACUAUGAUCCAAAGAAGCCUUAGAAGUCAGAGAAUUGAAAUGGAUCUGACUGAAGAGAUCGAAAACGAAGGUGGCAUAUGGGUUUUGGAGCAGAAGAUCGAUCAGCCAAUGGACGAAGAAGCUGGUAGGCUCAAGAAUAUGUACAGAGAAAAGAAAUUCUCAGUUAUAUUACUUCUUUGUCUUGCAUUUCAAAGUCUUGGAGUUGUGUAUGGAGAUUUGGGAACUUCUCCCCUAUACGUAUUCUACAAUUAA